AUGGAAGCUCUCCUCUCCUCCACAACUUUCCCUGUGAAGAGAGCCCUCUAUUCUCCACCAUCGGAUAAGCCACUCCAAUUCUUUCCUACAAAAAUAAACCUUAACAGACCCCAAAAAUCAAGCCAUUCGGUGCAAAAAAAUGCUUCUUUCUCCCUCAGCUUACCUCUCAGAAUCUCUGCAAGUGCACAAACUGCUCCUUCUACUGAAGCUUCAACAAGUUCUUCAGUACCAUCAGAAAUGAAGGCCUGGAGUUAUAGUGAGUAUGGUGCGGUGGAUGUGUUGAAAUUUGAGUCAAACGUUGCGGUCCCUGAAGUGAAAGAGGACCAGGUUUUGAUUAAAGUUGUUGCAGCUGCUCUUAAUCCUGUUGAUUUUAAGAGAAGAUUGGGGAAAUUCCAGGCCACCGAUUCACCUCUACCAACGGUGCCAGGCUAUGAUGUUGCUGGUAUCGUAGUUAAAGUUGGGAGUCAAGUAAAGGGAUUAAAAGAAGGAGACGAAGUAUAUGGAGACAUACACGAGAAAGCAUUGGAUGGACCUAAACAGUUUGGCUCAUUAGCUGAGUACACAGCGGUCGAGGAGAAAUUAUUAGCUUUGAAGCCCAAGAAUCUUGAUUUUGCACAGGCUGCUGGUCUCCCUCUCGCUAUUGAGACGGCCUAUGAAGGUCUUGAAAGGGCCGGAUUUUCUUCCGGAAAAUCCAUCCUUGUGUUGGGAGGUGCUGGUGGUGUUGGCUCACUGGUUAUACAGCUUGCAAAACACGUGUUUGGUGCUUCUAAGAUAGCUGCUACCGCCAGCACUCCAAAGCUGGACUUCCUCAGAAGCUUGGGUGCAGAUUUGGCCAUCGACUACACCAAGGAGAACUUUGAAGAUCUACCAGAGAGAUUUGACGUAGUUUACGAUUCAGUAGGACAGUGUGAUAGGGCAGUGAAGGCAGUGAAGGAAGGUGGCAGUGUUGUAGUUCUAACUGGAGCAGUCACACCACCUGGCUUCAGGUUUGUUGUGACUUCCAAUGGAGAAAUGUUGAAGAAACUAAAUCCGUUCCUGGAGAGCGGUAAAGUGAAGCCACUGAUCGAUCCCAAGGGACCGUUUCCUUUCGACCAGGUUAAGGAAGCGUUCUCUUAUUUGGAAACAGGACGAGCUACUGGGAAGGUUGUUAUAUAUCCAAUUCCAUGA